CAUUAUAGCGCCGUGUCGGCGUGCAUACGGUGCGGCGUGAGGAAGAGAGUGCGUAUCUCGACGCUUACCGACGCUCGGCGUCGUCGUCGAGCGAGCGAACCAGAGUAACGAGGCGAAUCGUCCGCGAACGGUACGCGACUGGCAGAGUUCAUCGCGUCGGAGUUUUUUCCGGGGGUUUGGCUCGAUUGCGCGCGUCCGCGGACGAGAGCGUUAAAAGAGACGGAUAGAAGAGAACGAAGAGGAAGGAGAGUGAGAGGAAAGGAGAGAGAGAGAGAGAGAGCGAGCGGAGCCACAGAGCACACACGCGUACGGAACGCCGGCGGAUAUGGAGAAUAGACCGGCACCGCUGCGUUCGCGGCGGGUAUGCCGAUUCUGCCUGACGGAGUCGGAACCGCUGAGCUACAUCUACGAGCGCGACCACAGCAAACCGUUCCAAGUGCCGCUCACACUGCAAAUCAUGUCGUGCGUCGCCAUAGAGGUAUACGCCGCCGAUGGAAUGCCACAGAUGAUCUGCAGUAUGUGCCGCUGGAACCUGGACCGCUCGUACAAGUUCAAGCUGCAAUGCAAGAAGGCCGACGAGGCGUUGAGAGAUUACCCGUUGUCCGGGGUAUUGCCGAGACCGUUUCCGCCUAUCCCCAACGAUCCACCGGAAAUGUGCAACAAGAGACCCGCCGAGGCCAGACAGCAAAACGAGGGUACCAAAAAGCCGCGCAUUGACAAUUCCGAAAGGGAGAGACGUGUAACCAGGGAGAGGGAACGAGAGCGGGAACGAGAACAACGGGAGAGGGAAAGGGAGAGAGACCGAGAUCGACAGAACGAGAAGGAGAAGUCCUCGAGCGAGCAGCACCACGAUUUCUACGAGGAGGAGCAGGAUGGCGGCAGCGAGGGUGAGCAGGAAAGCGGCAGCGAUCGUGUGAAGAGCGACCCGACCAAGCUGGAACCCGGCGAGAUCAGGGUGCACGCGUGCGACCAAUGCGACCGUACGUUUCCGCUGCGCCAAGCCCUGGCGUUGCACAUUCAGAAUGCACAUCGCGAUCGCAACUACAAGUGCACGGAAUGCGAGCGCAUGUUCUUUACCAAGUACGAUCUCAACAAGCACAUGACCACGCACUCGGAGGAAAAGCCGUACUCCUGCCAGAUCUGCCAGAAGCAGUUCUCCCGGCAGAAUCUGCUGCACCGCCACGAGAAGGUGCAUCGCGACGAGGCUCGUUACAAUUGCCAGCACUGCGAUCGUGAGUUCUUCACCACGGAGGACCUGGAGAAACACGAGGAUGCGAUGCACAAGAAGGACAAGCCGUUUCAGUGCAACAUCUGUAACAAACGUUUCCAGUACAAGCAGGGCCUGGAGCGCCACGAGACGCUGCACAACGAGGACAAGACGUUCGUAUGCGAGUACUGCAAGGAGGCGUUCCACACCAGCACCAAGUUAGCCCGCCACCUCACCUCUCACGCCGGCCACCGGCCCUACAUGUGCAAGCUCUGCCCGAGGACGUUCUUGUUGUCGCAUCAUCUCACGCGACACAUGCGCACGCACUCCGUGGAGAAGCGACAUGUUUGCGAGGACUGCGGCAAAGCUUUCAAACGUAAGGAGAGCCUCGAGGUGCAUCAGCUGACGCACACGAAGCGCACUCCGGCGAUGGGCCUCACGUGCGACGUUUGCCAGGAGUCUUGUCGCAAUCGCGCCGACUACGUCACCCACAUCAAGCAGCAUAUCGAGGCGGGCGAGAAGAUGGGCCCGGACGGUCUGCAGCCGGACAACAAGAGCAAAGAGAUUGACUCGGAGGAGGAAGAGGAAGAGGAGGAACAGUACUCGGACGGCGACGACGACUACGAGCCGCCCGCUUAUGUCAUCAAGAAAAUGCCGAAGCCGGUGAUACCGCGACAGGAGGAAAGCGACGAGGAGGAGGACGAUGAGCAGCAGCGCAAAGAGCAGGUGGUGUUCGUACGCGGCAAAGACGGCAACAUGGUGAAGAAGACGAUCAAGACGCUGAUGCCGAUUCAACGUCGCGAGGUGCAGGAACAGAAGCCCGUCGCCAAGCAGAGCCCCGGUAGCGGCUCGUCCGCGUCGCAGAGCGGCGCGAAGAGCUCCGCGUCGUCGCAGAGCAAAGAGGAGAGUCCCAAGAGCGUGCGCGACGACACCGACGUGCAGGUGCAGAAGAUCGUCGCGUCUGUGUUCAAGGAGCACAAGAUCCCGUUGAAGCACCAAAACAUCGUGGAACAGCCCAACAAGGAGUCGCCAACGGCGGCCACGACGGGUUCGCAGGCCGCCACCGCGUCGCAGGAGGCUCGCAAGGCGGACGACAAGGCCGAUGGCAGCGCGACGGAGACUGCGGUACCGGGAACGAUGGUGACGUCUACGCCGAAAGGCGUUAACACUGUGAAGGUCAUCAAGAGGUUCGUGCUGAGGAAGCCGAGUGGGAAUGCCGAAGGAACGAACACAAACGUACAGGACGCCACCGUGAGCAAUCCCAGCGGCAGCGGCGCUCCGAACGCCCCAACUUCCUCCCUGCCUAAAGUUAACAGGCGCUUGAUAGUACGCCGGAUCAUCCGUCACGGCGACACUACCCGCGAGGUCAUCAUGAAUCCGGACGGCACCGCCGUCGACCCAGCCGAGCUGGCAAAACUGCCAACUGGGAACGUAGUGAAGCGGGUAGUGGUGAAGGCCAAGGGUCCGAACUUGGUGCAGGCGUUGCUGCAGCGUGUGGAGCAGCAUCAGAAGACCGGCGAAGCCAUACUGGACGACACAACGACGUCCAAGUUCGAGUUGAAGACGGCGUCGUCGAACAGCGGCGCAUCCACAACGGCCGUGCUCAAGACUACGGUCGCGUCGCAGAAGCCGGCGAGCCAGCAACAGUCGAGCGCGCAGGAAGAUCAGGAGACCAAGGAGAAGCUGGAACGGUUGGAGAAGCGGGUGGAGCAGCAGAGGCUGAAGAUCGAGGAGCUGCAGGCGAGGAAGCAGGAGUACGACGCGAUCGACGAGAUGUUGCCGGAGCGACACGAUGAGUCCGAGGACGAGCAACAGUUGCCGCUGAAGAGGGUGUUCGUCAAGCGGAAGCAAAGCAUUUACGACGAGGAGCAAGAGUACAACGACAACGAGACGGAGACAAAGCCGACUAAGAGCGAGCAACAAGCCGUUAUUAAGAGUGAAGAGGCCGGCGUGGAGGAAACGCCGGAGAAUAUCCAGAAGGAGAUCCAGAAGGAGAUGCAGAGCGCGCAGAAAGUAACGAAAACGACGACGACCGUCACCGCAGCCACCACCAGUUCGUCCACACCGAUGCCGAAGAAAGGCCCGACUAUCUCCAGCGAAAAGGUUUACACAAAUAGACGCUACUUAAUCAUGAAGCCCGAUCAGACGUCCGAGGUGGAGGAAAUGAGCCGCGAACUGUGCAGCAUCCUGGAGACGACCGAAAACGUGGUGAAGAUGCAGGAGACGGUAUUGAGCAACCUGACGCAGAUCUCCGGCACGAUAGCAACGGACAUCACGGCGAAACCGAAGAGCGAAAACAGCCCUUCCGCGGGUACGGAAACGGCCGAGCAGCAGGCAGAGGCAAUAGAGGUGGAUAGCUGCGACACCAUGGCGACUAUCAGGGAGGAGACUGCGAUGGAAGUGGAGGUCGCGAGCCAGGAAUUAAAGUUGGAUUCUUCCGAGGAAGUGGUGGAAGAGACUGACGCGACGGAAGGCAAUCACGAGGAAACUGAAGAAACUCCCCACUUGGCCCUCGACACCCAGGACCUUUCUGAGACUGGCGACAUCUUCGAGACAUCGGACGACGUGCUGGACGUGCAGAAGUCCAGCACUCUCAACGAUUCCGUUAUGGAGCUGUCGCAGACCAAUGAGACUAUUAAUCUCAACGACACGAACGAUAGUCAGGAUAGUCUAGAGGAUAAGCUCUCGCAGAUGGAAGGUUAAAUGGAAACGCUAACCCCUAGGCGGGAGAUGCCGUUCCAAAGAAAUAUCCCCCGAGGACACCAGUAAGGAGAGAUCGUGACGCGCGAAGCACUGAUUCUCUUCGUUUUACGCGAGCGCGAAGCAACGGAAUCGAUCGGUUAUUUGUAUAAAAGAUAGAAUGAGACGGCUUUUUGCGCGCGAACAGGAAAAUUCGAUCGCAUGGUUAUUAACGUGCUUGCAAGGGAGAGGGGGAUCGCACGUGAUGAGCUCUCUUCGCACACAGUUUUUAAGGAUUCUCGUGUGAGAUUGAUAAUUAUCGUUGGUACUCGGAAUGUCGUUUAUAUUGUGAACGAAUGACAUGCAGUCUCGAUAUAAUUGAUCGCAUAACGACCGAGGAGUAAAAUGGUUAUAAAAUGGUAUAAAUGGUGUAAAAGCCUGUUCGAACUAAAUUUGAUCACGUCUAGUUCGAGCAGGUCUGCGUUACAACACGAUGAAGCAAACGCUUGGGCAAUAUCGAUUACACGUUUUUUCUUCUUUUUUUUUCCUUUUUUUUAUUUAAUGAAAGAAUUUUAUUGAGUAUUUUGACAAUACACAAUUCAAAAUUGAUUCGGGAAUCUAUUUUGACUCUCGUCCAUUCGAGUUCACUUGCUAUAUAUUAUUAUAUAAUCUAGAUACUAUAUUAUAUAUUAUUGAUAAAUCAUAUAUUAUUAAAUAACUACUAGGGCCAUUUACCUCGCGCGUGCAUGCACGCGUCACAUACCCACUAAAUACCAAUUGUAAGUAACGUAACAUCAAUAUUACAAUUUCUUACUUAACCAGAAUUCGAUGUAACCAUUAUAUAACGCACGCGUUACAUUGCAUCCACGUUGUCGGGUGGGAAAUUUAUAACAUUGACAUAUGUUACCGUUUGUUGGUGUUUACUGAGUAUAUAUGCACGAAACGUAUCGCGUUAUUAUUAUUCACGUUAACCGCAUCGUGAUUACUUUUAUUAUGAUUAUGUGAUUAUACUACAACAUGCAAAGCUAUCAGGAACGAUUAGAAUACGAUUUUAUGACAAUUCACCCGAGCACUACUCCACUUUUAUAAUUGGAACUACCGAUUCGUCUUCUGAUCAUCUUAACAUGUAAUUUAACCUUUAAUUUGACCGAGCAGCUGUUCUUUCGAUCGAACUCAAAAUAUUUCGGUCUUUUUUUACUUUGAUUUAAGAUUUGAAGGUCGACGUUGAAUUAAGGGUUAAUUUAUGCUGAUGGGAGUUCGUUGACUGUAACUUUCUUAGACACACACACACACACACACACACACACACACACACACACACACACACAUAUAUAUAUAUAUAUAUGCAUGUAUAUAUAUAUAUAUACACACGUGAUCCAAAUGCUUUCUUCGCUGGUAUCAGAAUUUCGUUUCGAUCGACAUUCAGAAUACUAUCGCUAAUUGCAGAUCGCGCGAGGAUUUUAGCGAUGGACUGAUAAUAACGCGGUUUCAAACUGGUAUCAUACUGACGGUAAUCAUGCGAGGACAUCUCUGCCACGGGAAAGGAUCUCGCCGCAUUUCUUUCAUGAGUUCACAAACGUUUGGUCUUUUAUGAUUAGGUCACUUUGAUCGUUUCGCAGCUCGGUGAUCGCGGACGAAACGUAAUAUAUCACGUUAUCUCAUCUGAAUUUGUCAAAAUUCUUCUCACGUACUUUUUAAUUUUAUAAUAAAGAAGAAAAGAACGCGCUGAUAGUCUGCUCAACCAAGUCAUUUAUUUCGGAAAUGGCCACGAUCAAAAUAAGUCAAAAUCAAGAAGAAUAUUAAUUAUAUUCGUUAUAAUUUAACGUUCUUAUGAUACUACAUUGAUACGCGUACGCGACCCUGUAUUGGUGAUUCGCUUUCCGAAUUGUGUUUCGGUUCUCAUUGUAUCAAAUUAUCAUACUGUCGUUGUACUGAAAUUAUAGUAACGACGUGACGAAGAAAGAGUUUACUUAUUCAUUUCUUGGGACUUCAAUGUGUUUGUAUGUGAAUAGAUUUUAUCCAUCAGAUAUGAGGAGUUUCUUUUCUUUUUUUCUGUUAAGUAACGUAUAAUAGGUAUUUUGGUCAUCGCGAGCAUUUUCUUCCUGGGGGAUUAUGUUUCUUUCUUUUCGCUGUUGGUGCAAUGGACUCGAGUUCAACAAGCCAGACACUUAAAACAUUGGGAACAUACGAGAUAAUGAGAUAUAUUAAAUUUAUAGAUAUAUGUUUACAAUAGUUAAUUUCCAGAUUUGUUUUCAUUACGGAUAUGGUAAGGUAGAUUAUAUUGCAAAUAUUCUACAGAUACUUGAAACUAUCUAUGAAAUAUACAAAGUACGGUGUGUAAGUGUA